AGCCCUUAUCCGCCGAUACGAAGAAAUUGAAGAAGACAAACGGAAUGCUGAGAAACAAAGCAAGGCCAUUACCCCUCACUGGGCUAAACAAGAAAACCUCACAAUCACUAUAACGAAGGCACCUAAUGAAAAAAGAAUUGUAAGUGAGAACUGGAAUAGCUGUGACAGCGAAUAUGAGCAGAAGUUCACUGUGCGUGUGGGAAAAGAAAUGCAGCUGGCUGUUACAAUGGACAGUAAAGUUGAGGACAAGAAAGAAGUCAAUAAAAAGGUCGGCCAAGACUGCAUACUGGUGGCAAGCAAAGUGCCUAAUUUAACCAUGGAAGAAGUGGAUCAUCGUUUUACCUUUGGUAGAGGACGUCGUCUGAAGAUUGCAAUUGCCAUGGAUCAAGAAGCCAAGAAGAAAGCUGGAAAAAAGCAUGAAGAAAUAGAGAAAAUUGGCGUGAAAGAGCAAAUCAGUAAGGAUGAUCUUGAAUAUCUGAGGUGGAAGAAAGAGCGUGAACAAGUUGAUCUUGACCGUGUGGCACGGCAUAAGAACUCAAAAGGAGAGUGGCGCCGUCCCUGGGAUAUGGAAAAGACAGAUCUGUUUAAAGAUGAUUCUGACAUAGUCCGUAGUGGCUUCUAUGGCAAAAAAGGGCUUGAAAAACCAGUUAAUGAAAAGAUACAGACAAAAAGUAGUCAAGCAAAAGGAAAGGAUCGCCUUACUGGCAGAGCUCAAAGGUUUAAAGAUGACACUAUUUACGUCGACACAGUCCCAAGUGCAUUCUGUGGCAAAAGAAAUGAGCAUCACAUGAAACACCUAAAGAAUCCAUCAAGAAACUGA